UACUGUACAGGGCUGCUUACACACACACAUACACACACAAAAAUACAAUCUAACCUGAAGCAAUAUGUUCAGUAAAAGGUUAAUUUUCCAUUACAGGAAGUUCGGGAUAGGUAAUUCUCGCUCUCUCAGUGUAACAAGGGGGAGUAUACAGCUCUAGCACAGUAUAAAGGCAGUAGCUAGAGCAGUGAAAGGAGACAAGGUAUUAUAAAACUUGAGUAAAUUUAACAUGUUGCAGAGAGCAUUACCCAAAGAAAUGGAAGAGAAGAUUCUAAAGGCAAAAGAUAUGAAACCAGAAGACAUGCUGUUUACAUACAAGGGAGUCCUGUAUCCUUCAAUCAUGUGUAAACCAGAGAACUUCAAGGCAAUGGAGAAAUUUGAAGCCAGGGGGGAUGACAUAUUGCUGGUAGCUUAUCCAAAAUGUGGGUUUAAUUGGAUGAUUCAUGUCCUAAAGAAAAUUUCUGAUGCUGCUGAUGUCAAGAGAGGUGAUACAGCCCACGUUACUUUACUGGAGUUUGCAGACCCAGAAAAAUUGCAGGAUUUGUCCAAAUUGCCCUCUCAAAGAAUCAUUGGAACUCAUGUGCAUCCAAAAGAUAUCCCAGCGUCAUUCUUUGAGAAGAAGACUAAGGUUCUUGUGAUUUUCCGCAACCCUAAAGACACGGCUGUCUCGUACUUCCAUUUUUACAACAAAAACCCUGUUCUGCCGACGUUUGACUCCUGGGACAAGUUCUUCUCACAGUACAUGAGUGGAGAAGUUAUGCUGGGCUCCUAUUUUGAUCAUGCAGUUGCUUGGGAGAAGUACAUUGACAGUGAUACUGUAAAGAUUAUAACUUUUGAAGACAUGAUAGAAAACUUGGCUGAAGGAAUACAGCAGAUUGCCAAAUUCUUCAGUCUCACACUGAGUGAUGAACAGGUCCAGGCUAUUGCUCAAGAAAGUACUUUUGAAGCCAUGAAGAACAAAUCAAAAGAAACACAUGGUCAAUUGGGCAAUGUUAUAUUCAGGAAAGGGGGUGUUGGAGACUGGAAGAACCAUUUCAGUGACGAGCAGAGCAAGGAGGUGGAUGCAAAAUUUGAGCAAUGCCUCGCAGGAACUAAGCUUGGGGCAAAGUUGAAGUAUGAAGUGCACUGCAAAUAAUGAAGUAUGCUGUAGCAACGUGUGAACUACAUCAUCAUAGCUAGUUACAAGAAAUGACAAUUGAUUCAGUGGAUAAAUUAAGAUUUUACACUGACUAACCUGCAAUAAGAGAAAUUCUACAUGUUUGUAACCAUAACAUAUAAAUGAUGCAAUACUAUAAUUAAAAUAAUAAAAAUAAGA